AUGGAGUACAGAGAGGCAAUCAAGGAUCUUGACCCGGAAACGACCUAUACAAUCAUCACCUGGGGCCCCCCACUGCAGAAGAGUCUGAAGCCGUCCUCCUACAUAGUGAGAGUGGGACCAAAGAUCAAUAUUAUCCAGGCAGAAGACUUAACUGGAUCAUCCACGCUUACUGGAUUGCAGCCAGACACAAGGUACGGUGUAUCCGUCGAAAUUUCAUACAAGCACACAAAUUACCGACCACCGGCCGUCGAGACAAAUGUGAGGACUGAGCCAGCGGAAGAACCAGAGCCCUUUGUACCCGAACCAGAAAUCGACAGUGAUGAAGCAGAAAUCUACGAUGAUGAAGCAGAUUUCUACGAUGAUGAAGAAGCAAUCGAUAAUGAUGAGCCUUGA